AUGAGGAAUACUAUAGCGAGGAUACCCUUCCAGUCGUUUACGUGCCUUCAUAGGCAGACGAUGGCUACUAUGACCAGAGCCCGACCAUCAUCUAUACGGGCUCCCUCAUCAGGCUCUCAAUCUCGACUGAAGGAACCACCACCAGUCGAAGAGCCUUCGAAAAUCCAACUCAUGCUUCCAAUAUGGAAUCCACAAUACGUGAAUGAAGGCCGGGAACAUUCAGAAGUCGCUCAAAUACCUCCAGAGCAAUUGCGAGCCUUCCCCAUCAACACCCUACCAAAACCAUUACAAACUCAAAUGAAUCUCGUGUCUCAGCCUGCGUUGCUGGCACGGAACUUUAUGAUUGAGAUGCUGCAAUCUAUGGCUGUUGAUACGGAUCCUAUAAUAUUAGAUGGCCCUGCACGUGUCGGAAAGAGCGCCACACUCUUCCAACUCCUCUCGCACCAAUACUCCUUAGGCUGGAUGGUCGUAUAUCUCCCGAAUCCAUCAUCAUGGAUUAACGGAACCGCCCCAUACGUACGACAACAGGAUGCCAAAUAUCAGCAACCGGAUCUAGCAGUCGGUAUCAUACGAGGUAUAUUGCGUGUUAAUGCCAAGACGUUAGAAGAGUAUCCAGACAUUGAAUCAUCACUAAAACAAGCAUCAACACAACCUGAAUCCGCUCACGAAGCUCUGGAAGCCUUCUUGGCAGAUGAUUCUAAGCCAGAAACCUUAAUCGCUAUUGACCAAGUCAACAGUUUAUUCGCUACGAGUCUGUACAAGGAUGUGAACGGGGAAGCGAUACCUGCUUCAGAGUUUAGGCUCGCUUCGGCGUUUAGGGAGUUGUUGAGGCCUGGUGUUGCAAAAAAGACAAAGAAUGUGGUUGUAUGUGCAACAGACUCGUCAAAUCCACGCAUCAAGACCGAGCUAAUGUCACAUUAUCAGCAACUGGAGGAUGAUAACAAUGUGAAUAAGCUUUCAUUUACCAGUGUUCAGGUCCCAUCAUUCUCAAAAUCAGAAACAGAGACGUUGCUCAGAUAUUUCGCUGAUGCGAGAUUAACUCACAAUGUCAAAUACUCAACGGCAUUGCUGAAUAAGGUGUAUGCAACAUCCUGUGGUAAUCCAGGCCGAAUCGUAUCUGACAUGACAAGAUUUGAGGCUGUAAAGACCUGGUGA